AUGGCUUUAAUUUUUUUCUUUGGAAUUGUUGGUAUGCAAACCAACGAUACGUUAAAUUUAAAUAGCAAAGUUUUUAUGGAAAAAAAAGAAAUUGCUUUUUUGGAAGCAAAUUUUAAAGCCAAAUUACGGUUUAUUUUAAGCUCGGGAAAUAAAGGCCAUUUUAACGGUUGCAAAAUAACGAUUGGCAAAACAAUUAUUUACAUGCAGCAAAAAAAACGAGCAAAUUGGUUCGAGCUUCAAAUUAACAAUGCGGAUAAAAGCUUAAACUACGUGCAAAUGGAUUUAACACAAGCCAAGCUGGUAAUACGCAAUAUUUUUGCAAGCGAAAUUUACGGCAUGGUUAGCAAAUUUAAUGCUGGUUACGUUUUAAAAAUUACGCUUUCCGCAAUUCGCGAAAGGCUAAAAUUGCCCUUUUACAAACUGCUCCAACAUUACAACGGUAAAACAAAACGCAUAAUUAUAAAGGGAUUAAAAAAAAUUUUUAAAUUAAGCUUUGGUUUGCUUUUAAUAAUCGAUGGAAAUUGUUUUUAUUGUAUUAACAAAAAGAACGGGCUAAACGUUAGCUUAUUUGUAUUGCUUGGUAAAAGCCGUAUUAAUUACAUUAAUAAAAAGCACAAGCUAAGCGUUGGUUUGCUCGUGCUAUUCGGUGGAAACCGUAUUAAUUAUAUCGAUAAAAAGCACAAGCUAAGCGCUAGCUUGCUCGUACUAUUCGGUAAAUGCCGUUUUUAUUGCAUUAUUAAAAAAAACAAGCUAAAAUUUGGCUUAUUUGCGUUAUUCGGUAAAAGCACGUUCCGUAAAUUUAGCGCAACGGUAUUGCGCAAAAGCCAAAUAACGUUUAAAACGUGCAUUAUGCGCGCUUUUCGCUUUUUCGAAAGUUUUGCAAGCGCAUUCGUCGUAUUAAUUAGCGUAAAAAAGUUAAUACGCGCAAUUCCGGAAUUAACCUUCAAGCAAAACAAUAACCAAACCUUUAAACGAAUCCUAAGCAAGCGUAAUUUUUUUUUUAAAAUAAUUAGCGAAAUCGUUAAUUUGCUAACAAAAUGCUUAUUAAUAUUGUUUUUUAUUAAAGCAAUUUAUUAA